AUGUUUGUCUUUCUUAAAAUUUCUCUCUUUCUCCUCGUCUCCAUUUCUUCUUCUUCUCUAAAAGAAUAUCCCCCUAGGAUCAUUUAUCUUUCUUCUUGUAGUUUACCUUUUUCAUUUUUUAUUCGCCUUUUUCAUAGUCAUCAUCUUUUAAUUCUUUCAUUCUUUCUUUCUUUCAAUUCGUAUUUCGUUUCUUUGUUUUCAACGAUUUUACGCUCUCUUUUCCUUGCAACUUACUGUCAAUUUUUCUUUCUUUUUCUUUUUUUUGAUUUUGUUAAAGUUUUUCUUCUUCUUCUAAUUCUCGUUCUUCGACAUGUUUUUCUUGAUUUUGUCAUUAUUCUUCCAAUUCUCCUAUUUUCUAAUUCUCUUUUCUUUUCCUCUUUUUCUAAUUCUCUUUUCUUCUGCUCUCCUUUUUCUAAUUCUCUUUUCUUCUGCUCUCCUUUUUCUAAUUCUCUUUUCUUCUGCUCUCCUUUUUCUAAUUCUCUUUUCUUCUCUCCUUUUUCUAAUUCUCUUUUCUUCUGCUCUCCUUUUUCUUCUUUUUCUUCUUCUCUCCUUUUUCUAUUCUCUUUUCUUCUGCUCUCCUUUUCUAAUUCUCUUUUCUUCUCUUUUUCUAAUUCUCUUUUCUUCUUUUUUCUAAUUCUCUUUUCUUCUCUUUUUUCUUUUUUUCUUUUUUUCUUUUUCUUUCUCUUUUCUUUUGCUCCUUUUUCUUUUUCUUUUUUUCUUUUUUUUUUUUUCUCCUUUUUUCUUCUCCUUUUUCUUUUUUUUUUUUCUUUUUUUUUUCUUUUUCUUUUCUUCUUUUUCUUUUUUUUUUUUUUUUUUCUUUCAGUUUUCCUUUUUCUUUCUUUUUUUCUUCUUUUUCUUUUUUCUUUUCUUCUUUCUCUUUCUCUUUUUCUUUUUUUUUUUCUUUUCUCUUUUCUUUUUCUCUUUUUUUUUUUUUCUUUUUCUUUUUUUUUCUUUCUUUUUUUCUCUUCAAUCUUUUCUUUUUUCUUUUUUCUUUUCUUUUUUUUCUUCUCUCCUUUUUUCUUUCUUUUUUUCUCUCUUUUUUUCUUUUCUUUUCUUCCUUUUUUUGUAAUUCUCUUUUCUUCUUUUCCUUUUUUUAAUUUUCUUUCUUCUUUCUUUUUUAAUUUUUUUUUCUUCUGCUUUUUUUUCUCUUUCUUUUUUCUUCUUUUUUUCCUUUUCUUCUUCUUUUUUUUCUCUUUCUUUUUUCUUUUUUAUCUUUUCUUUUUCUCUUUUUUUCUCUUUUUUUUUCUUUCUUUUUUUUCUUCUUCUUCUUUUUUUUUUUUUCUCUUUUCUUUUUUUCUCCUUUUUUUUUCUUUUUUUUUUCCUUUUUUCUUUUUUUCUUUUCUCUCUUUUUCCCGUUCUCUUUUUUCUCUCUUUCUUUUUUCUUUUUCUUUUCUUCUCUCCUUUUUCUUUUCUCUUUUCUUUUUCUCCUUUUCUUUUCUUUCUUUUCUUUUUUUCUUCUCUUUUUUUCUGCUUUUUUUCUUCUUUUUUCUUCUUCUUUUUUUUUUUUUUUCUUUUCUCCUUUUCUCUUUUCUUUCUCCUUUUUCUUCUCUUUUCUUCUGCUCUCCUUCCUUUUUCUUUUCUUUCUCUUUUUUUCUUUCUUUUCUUUUUCCUUUUUCUUUUUUUUUUCUUUUUCUCCUUUUUUCUUUCUUUUUUCUUUUUUCUCUUCUUUUCUCUUUUUUUUUUUUCUUUUUAAUUUCUUUUUUUCUUUCUCUUUUUCAAUUCUUUUCUUUUGCUCUCCUUUUCUUUUUUUUUCUUCUGCUUCUCUUUUAUUUUCUUCUUUCUCUUUUUUUAUUCUCUUUCUUCUUUCUCUCUUUUUUUCUCUUUUCUUUUUUCUCAUUUCUUUUUUUCUUCUUUUUUUCUUGUUAUUCUCUUUUAAUUCUUUUCUCCGUCUUCUUUCUUUCCUCUUUUUUUAAUUCUUAUACUUUUAAUUAA